AAAAAAUUGAUAAAACUAUUACUAUGAUGAAUUGUCAAACUUAGUUUACUAUUGAAUUUGUAUAUUUUGAAACCCGACUGAAUUUAAGAAAGAGAUAGAAUGAAAACAAAUUCAACAAAUGCAUACAGUAGAUACUGUUGAUGAUGAAGCAUAAAUAAAACAAAAGCAAGAAUUUAAAAUAGUAUUAGUCGGUCUCAUGAAGAUUCCACUGUAUUGCUUAAUCAAACCGAUGAGUAAAGUGCUGCCAUUUUAAUAGGCGUAGUUCACAAUUUAAAAAUAUGUUUAAUAUUUGAUACUCUAAAUUAUAAUUUAAAUAAGUUUGAUAGAUCUGUGUAGUGCCUUUAAGUGCUUAAAUAAAAUGGUUUCGACUGAUAAUUAUUGGAGAAGUGUUUUUACAUUUCUCGCAAUUAUUAUUAUGGGCGUUUUCGCUCAAUUUGAAUGGCAAGCUAGAGAUGCAUUUGAUGAGAUUAAAAUAAAAUAUGAUAAAGUAACUCAAGAUAACUGUCAAAUUCAGCAUUUGGGAGAUUUAUAUUUGCCUGAAAACACGGUUUCGCAUCUUCCGGACAUAAAAGAAAUCAAUAUAAAUCCAGUAUUCCCAAAUCGAACUGCUCUUUUGCAUUUGCAUAAUAUGGCACUUAGUAGAGCAUUUUUUUGGAGUUAUAUUCUUCAAAGUCGCUUUAUCCGUCCAGCCAUUAAUGAUACUUACGAUCCCGGAAUGAUGUAUUACUUUUUAUCAACUGUUGCAGAUGUCUCUGCAAAUCCAAUGAUAAACGCUUCAGCCGUUUAUUUUGCACCGAACUCUUCAUACUCUUCCUCAUACCGUGGAUUUUUUAAUAAAACUUUUCCCAGAUUUGCACCUCGAACAUUCCGACUCGAUGACUUUAACGAUCCAAUUCACUUGCAAAAGAUAUCAACUUUAAAUACAUUCUCAGUUCAAGAUUUGGGUUCGAUUCCAUCAAACGCAUAUUCGAAGGAUUAUUCAACCGAUUACUAUAAGAUCAAUGAAUGGUACAAAAAAUGGUUACCAGACGAUGUAGAAAAUAGACAUGAUACGAAGACAACAUACGAUAUUGAAAUUCGUUAUGCAAAUAAUACGAAUGAAACAUUUACAUUCCAUGGACCGCCAGGUGCUGAUGAAAUACCUGGUCCUGUUAAGUUUACAAGGCCUUAUUUUGACUGUGGGCGUUCAAACAAAUGGCUUGUAGCUGCAGUUGUCCCAAUAGCUGAUAUUUAUCCCCGUCACACACAAUUCAGGCAUAUUGAAUAUCCGAAAUAUACUGCAGUAUCUGUUGUCGAAAUGGAUUUUGAAAGGAUUGAUAUAAAUCAAUGUCCACCAGGUGAGGGAAACAAAGAUCCAAAUCAUUUUUCUGAUACUGCGAGAUGUAAAACUGAAACUACGGAGUGUGAACCUUUGGAUGGUUGGGGUUUUCGAAGAGGUGGAUAUCAAUGUAGAUGCAAACCCCAGCAUCGAUUGCCGAGUCACGUAAGACAACCAUUUUUGGGCGAAAUUUUAGAAAGAGCUACUGACGAGCAAUAUUACAAUGGAUUUGAUUGCCUUAAAGUAGGAUGGAUCCAAAAAAUACCAAUUCAAUGGGAACGAGCUCCACCAUAUAUACGUGAAAAAUAUUUAGACCGCUAUACUGAAUAUCGAAAUUACACAACUGGAGCAGGAUCUCUACACACUGACAAAAUAAAUGCAGAUCAAGUAUUAAACUUUAUUUUAGGUGUUUCAGAAAGAACUUGUGGCGAUUAUCAUGAACAAGAUUUGAUUUUAAGAGGAGAUAUUGCCUAUGGUGCUCGACAACAAUUUGAAAAUGAAGCUAAAAUGGCUUUACGAUUAGCAAACUUUAUAAGUGCAUUUUUGCAGGUAUCUGAUCCAACUGAAGUUUAUUCAGGUAAAAGAGUUGCGGACAAACCCCUUACAGAGGAUCAAAUGAUUGGUGAAACUUUAGCACUUUUACUUGGUGAUACAAAAAUUUGGUCAGCAGGAACUUAUUGGGAGAGAAACAAAUUUACGAAUAGAACAUUAUUUGCACCUUUUGCAUACAAAAAAGAAUUAAAUACGCGAAAAUUCAAAGUUGAAGAUUUGGCACGUCUUAAUAAAACUGGUGAAACUUAUCUGGAGAAAGACUUUUUUAGAUUUCUAAAACAACGUUGGUCUACAAAUUUUGACGAUUUGGAGCAAUUUUGGAUGAAAAUAAGAAUUAGGCAUAAUGAAACUGGAGAAUAUUCUCAAAAGUAUGAACAUUAUCCUAAUUUUUAUCAUGCAGCCAAAUUAGAACAUGGUCAUUGGACAGUCCCGCGUUUUGAUUGUAAAGGAUUCGUCAAAAAGUGGAUCAUUACAUAUGCGGCACCAUUUUUUGGUUUUGAUAGUCUAAAAGCAAAACUAGAAUUCAAAGGUGUAGUUGCUGUAUCUAUGGAUAUGAGACAAUUAGAUAUUAAUCAGUGUCCUGACGAUUAUCACGUCCCAAAUGCAUUUAAAAACACUCACAAGUGUGAUCAAAGUACAUCCUAUUGCGUUCCUAUACUGGGUCGUGGAUUCGAAAGUGGAGGUUAUAAAUGUGAAUGUUUGCAAGGUUUUGAAUAUCCCUUCGAAGAUUUAAUAACCUAUUAUGAUGGUCAAUUGGUCGAAUCCGAAUUUCAAAAUAUCAUGAACGAUAAAGAAACUCGAUAUGAUUUAUUUAAAUGCAGAUUAGCUGGUGCUAGUGCAAUAAAGGCUCAAUUAUUCCUCAUUUCAGGGGUUCUUUUGACACUUUUAUUCUUUAUGCAAGUAAGGCAUUGAUGGAUAAGUCGUUAGAACAACAUAAAAUAUCAAUAAGUGUAAUAAAUUUUAAGCAAUCUCAAAGAACAUUUAGUUUGUACAAAAGCAUAUUAUUAUAGGAAAGAUUGAUGUUAAGCCGUCCAUUUUUAAUGUUGAUUUUUU